AUGGCGGCAUCCCUGUUUGCUCUCCGCGGCGGGCGCCAGCUUGCGCUCCGCUCGCGUCUCCGUGUACCUAUCCCACGAGCUUCAGUCCUGCCAUUGAAUGCUCGUAGGACUCUUCACACUUCCCAGCCAGCCACCCGUCGCAGUGUAUAUACCAGCUCUCUCGCCGAUCAUGGCGAUCCCCACCCCCAGGACAUUUUCCAACCCCUCGAUACCUUUCCCCGUCGUCACAUUGGUCCUUCCCCUGACGCCGCCGCAGAGAUGCUUGCUGUGCUUGACCCGCCAGUGAAGACUCUGGACGAUUUUGUUAAGGAGGUGCUUCCCAAGGAUAUCCUUUCCAAGAAGAACCUCCACGUCACGGAACCUAAUGCCGAUAUCAACCUGUAUCGCUCCAGUGUGCAGGGUGGUCUCGGUGAAACCGAUAUGCUCAAGCUUUUGGAUACAUACCGCAAAGAUAUUGAUAUCUCUGGCAAGACUUAUAUUGGAACUGGUUAUUACCCUACCAUUGUUCCCCCCGUCAUUCAGCGCAAUGUGCUCGAGAACCCCGCCUGGUAUACCAGCUACACCCCCUACCAGCCGGAGAUCAGUCAAGGUCGUCUUGAGUCUCUGCUGAACUUCCAGACCCUCACAGCUGAUCUCACCGGUCUCCCCUUCGCCAAUGCCUCCGUUCUGGAUGAGGCAACCGCCGCCGCCGAGGCCAUGACCAUGUCCUUCGCCACAAUGCCCGCCUCCAAGCAGAAGAAGGUCGAAAAGUCCUUCGUCGUAUCUCACCUCUGCCACCCCCAGACUAUCGCCGUGAUGCAGUCCCGUGCCGAAGGAUUCGGAAUAAACCUCGUCAUUGGAGACAUCUUGGCUGAUGACUUCAAGAUUGUCAAGGACCAGAAGGACCACCUGAUUGGUGUUCUCGCUCAGUACCCUGAUACCGAGGGUGGCAUCUUCGACUUCCAGUCUCUCAGUGACUCUAUCCACAGCCAGGGUGGUACUUUCAGUGUGGCCACUGAUCUGCUUGCCCUGACCGUGCUGAAGGCACCUGGCGAGUUUGGUGCUGACAUUGCCUUCGGUACUGCUCAGCGUCUGGGUGUGCCCAUGGGCUUCGGUGGUCCCCACGCUGCAUUCUUCGCCUGUGCUGACAAGUACAAGCGCAAGGUGCCUGGCCGUGUCGUUGGAGUCUCCAAGGACCGUCUCGGUAACCGCGCUCUUCGUCUGGCUUUGCAGACUCGUGAGCAGCACAUUCGCCGCGAGAAGGCUACUAGCAACAUUUGUACUGCUCAGGCUUUGCUUGCGAACAUGACUGCCAUGUACGCCAUCUACCACGGCCCUGUCGGCCUAAAGUCCAUCGCCCAGCGCAUCAUGUCUAUGACCUCGCUCCUGCGCGAGAAACUGAUCGGCCUUGGCUAUGAGGUUCCUCUCCGCACCAACUCCGCUGAUGGUGGUGCCGUCUUCGACACUCUCACCGUUGAGCUGCCUACCGCCGCUGAGGCCGAUUCCCUCAUUUCCGAGGCCCGUGCUGCCUCUGUCUUCCUCCGCCGCCUGGGUGGAAGCAAGGUCGGUCUUUCUUUGGAUGAGACCGUUGGCCGCGAUGAGGUCAAGGGCAUUUUGGAUGUAUUUGCGUCUCACAAGUCCGUCUCCUCCGUCGAGGUUGACGGCACUCUGGGUGUCACUUCUGUCCCCGCUAGCCUCGAACGUACCUCCGCCUACUUGACCCACCCAGUCUUCAACACCUACCACUCCGAGACUGAGAUGCUCCGUUACAUCCACCACCUCGAGUCCAAGGAUUUAUCCCUCGCACACUCCAUGAUUCCCCUCGGAUCUUGCACCAUGAAGCUCAACGCUACCACCGAGAUGAUUCCCGUUUCUUGGCCCGAGUUCUCCCAGAUCCACCCCUUCAUGCCCGCCGAACAGGCCAAGGGUUACACUCGCAUGAUCGAUGAUCUCGAGCAACAACUGGCUGACAUCACCGGCAUGGCCGAGGUCACUGUGCAGCCCAACUCCGGUGCCCAGGGUGAGUUUGCCGGUCUCCGUGUCAUCAAGAAGUACUUUGAGGGCAAGGGCGAUGCUAAGCGCAACCUGUGCUUGAUUCCCGUCUCUGCCCACGGUACCAACCCCGCCAGUGCUGCCAUGGCUGGUAUGCGCGUUGUUACUGUCAAGUGUGACACCAAGACCGGUAAUCUGGACUUGGAGGACCUCAAGGCCAAGUGCGAGAAGCACAAGGACGAGCUUGCCGCCUUCAUGAUCACCUACCCUAGCACCUUCGGAGUCUUCGAGCCCGGUGCCAAGGCAGCCUGCGACCUGGUCCACGAACACGGCGGUCAAGUCUACAUGGACGGAGCUAACAUGAACGCCCAAAUCGGCCUUUGCUCCCCUGGUGAGAUCGGCGCUGACGUCUGCCACCUGAACCUGCACAAGACCUUCUGUAUUCCUCACGGCGGUGGUGGUCCAGGUGUCGGCCCUAUUGGCGUGGCCUCCCACUUGGCUCCCUACCUUCCUUCCCACCCGACCAGCGAAUACCUCCAGGCUAAGCGCGGCAACUCCGCCUCGCCCCCCAUCAGUGCAGCCCCCUGGGGUAGUGCCAGCAUUCUUCCCAUCACAUUCAACUACAUUAACAUGAUGGGCGACCGUGGCCUCACCCACGCCACAAAGAUCACCUUGCUCAACGCAAAUUACAUCCUCUCCCGCCUCAAGCCUCACUACGAGAUCUUGUACACCAACGAGCACGGUCGUUGCGCACACGAGUUCAUCCUUGACGUCCGCGGCUUCAAGGAGACCUGCGGUGUUGAAGCGAUCGACAUCGCCAAGCGUCUCCAGGACUACGGCUUCCACGCCCCAACCAUGUCCUGGCCCGUCUCCAACACUCUCAUGAUCGAGCCCACCGAGUCAGAGAGCAAGGCCGAGCUCGAUCGCUUCUGCGACGCCUUGAUCUCCAUCCGCCAGGAAAUCGCCCAGAUCGAGUCCGGCGCCCAGCCCCGCGAGGGCAACGUCCUCAAGAUGUCCCCUCACACCCAGCGCGACCUUCUCACUUCCGAAUGGGACCGUCCCUAUACCCGUGAACAAGCGGCGUAUCCGAUCCCCCUGCUUUUGGAGAAGAAGUUCUGGCCCACUGUCACGCGUGUUGAUGAUGCAUUCGGUGACCAGAACCUCUUCUGUACUUGUGGACCAGUUGAGGACUCCGAGUAA